UGAUCUCUAAUUAGACUUAAGCGACGACAGUUAUGGGACUGUGGUCAAUAUGAGUAUGGAUCAGGAUACCUCUUCGCCUCACAGUGGUGUGGGUCGUCCUCAUCCGUUCCUUCACGGGUCCACUUCGCCGUCUUAUCUUCCGGGUCACACUCCACCACAAGGUCACGACCACUUCCCUUAUUCGGAUCAACUGUCUGUUUACGCCCCUCUUGGCCAAGGUCCUCCACCAGGAAUUGGGAUUCCUCACGGCAUUCCCGCAAACGGUGAUACAGAUAUUAGUAACGAUAGCAGUCCCCGGGGAUACCCUGACUUCCCUCCAAGUCCCGACUCGUGGUUGGGUGAACCGUCCAGCGCACAUUACUGACCCAGCCAUACCAAAAUUCCCAUCAAUCAUCAUCCAAACCAUUCUCGAUGACACCGCUUUAUUUAUACUAACAAUAAUAACAAUUUAAAUCAGCACACGCAUUAUACCGCACAACAGUUGCGUCUUUUGGUUUCUAACACUUCAACGACGCCUCCGUUUGGAUUAAUUGGAUAAAUAUCCAAAUUGCCCGUAACACUUGAAUGAAGAUUUUACAAGGACCAUUUUCAGUCGCUAGUGCAACCCAAUUUUCUUUACUUUCUACCGGACUCAUAGCUACUUUUUCAAUUCUGUGCAAGGAUUUGUUCGUUCUUGACGUUUCCGAAGGCAUGUUCAAAAAGAAAUGCCUAAAUAAAGACCAUUAUGCCUUAACAUUGAUAUAAAAAUGCGGGGAUAAUUCGAAAGAUUGAGUAUUUGGAUAUCAGAAGUAUAGCAUCAUUAAUACUCGAGUCAAAAAAUUGUGACUCAUUUUGUCCUCAUUUGAUCUCAAUAGAAUUUUUAGAGAUAUUUCAAACUACAAGACUCAAAAGUCUCAUUUU